AUGGCCAUCUCGGAGGACCCAGAGGGGGCCGUGGGCGAUGGUGGUGGGGUGACGAAGCGGGGGAGCAAAAGGCGGGCGAAAGGCGCCGCGAAGGGGCGCGGGAGGCCCAAGCGGCGGAGCGGCGACAGGUCCUUUGCCCCGCCGGCGAUGGAUUGGGUGGCGGUCGGGGACCGGGUGCUCAGGGAGAGGAGGCACGCGCCCAACGUCUUCUGCGAGCGCGACACGGAUGACGACGAUGAGGAGACUGCAACCAACCAAUUCAAGUCUCAGAGAAAGAAGAGAAAUGAUGCUGGCAAGAAGAGGGGGCCUAGGAAAACCAAACCAGAACAUGUGGACAGCAAGGCCCACUUCCCCAACAGCAAAUGCCACGGUGACCGGAAGGGGGAUGGUGCCGAGACAGUUAGGGGCAAGGACUCAAGGAAUGGUGAGGUUUUACAGACUGCAAAGAAGAGGAAGAAAGGAGAUGCAGGGAAGGUUUCUGCUACAAAAAGGUUGAAAAGAGAGGAUGAAGAACAAAAGAAGGCCUCAUCCUCCAAGCAUAAAGAUUGUAAUGAAACUAAUAGGAAAGGGAAGAAGAUGUUGACUGGGGAUAAUGCCCUGAUGUGCCACCAGUGCCAGAGGAAUGAUAAAGGGAGGGUGGUCUGGUGUAAAUCAUGCAGGAAUAAGCGCUUCUGUGUGCCAUGCAUCCAACGAUGGUAUCCUGGUUUGUCAGAAGAUGAAUUUGCUGCACAAUGCCCGUAUUGUCGCAAGAACUGCAAUUGCAAGGGAUGCCUACGAAUGCGAGGAGUUGAAGAGCCGCCAAAGAAGGAAAUUUCUGAAGGAAAUCAAUUCCGUUAUGCUUGUCAUGUUCUGCACUUGUUGCUUCCCUGGUUGAGACAACUGCGACAGGAGCAGAAGGAGGAGAAGAAAUUAGAGGCUAAAAUACAAGGUGCUUUGAUGAAUGAGGUGAAGUUGGAACAAGCUGAAUGUAAUAUAGAUGAACGUGUCUACUGCGAUAACUGUAAAACUUCUAUAGUUGAUUUUCAUAGAAGCUGCAAGUACUGUUUUUAUGAUUUGUGCCUUUCAUGCUGUGGGGAGAUCCACAAUGGUGAGAUUCCUGGAGGAGAGGAGGUAAAGAUCUUAGAGCCUGAACCAAGAGACAAGUCUUAUAUUUUUGUUGCCAAGAAUCAGCAUCAAAGGUGCUCCUUGAGGGGGCAUAACUCAUCCCUGAAAAAUGUGUCUUCCAAUGGAAUGGGUUCUAGUGAGGCCCCAAAGAACUCUCUACUACUGUGGAAAUCAGAAAGUGAUGGUAGCAUACGUUGCCCACCGAAGGAGCGAGGAGGCUGUGGUGGUUCAGUUUUGGACCUCAAAUGCUUGUUCCCAGAGAAAAUGCUUUCCGACUUAGAAGAACGAGCUGACAGAAUUGUGAGGAGUAAAGUAUUUGCAAAAGCAGUAACCAAAAGAACUGAUCAGUGCCCUUGUUAUGACCAUUCAGGAAGUGUAAGAAUUCAUGAUGUGCGAGAGGCUGCAAAUAGGAAAGGCUCAAGUGAUAAUCACAUCUACUGCCCAGUUGCCACUGGCAUCAAGGAGGAUGACUUAGUGCACUUUCAGAUGCAUUGGACAAAAGGUGAACCAGUUAUAGUUUCUGACGUUCUUCAGUUGACCUCUGGUCUCAGUUGGGAGCCAUUAGUUAUGUGGCGGGCAUUGCGAGAGAAAAAGACUAAUGGUGACGUUGAAGAUGAGCACUUUGCUGUUAGGGCAAUAGAUUGCCUUGAUUGGAAUGAGGUGGAAAUUAAUAUGCAUAUGUUUUUUAUGGGAUAUAUGAAAGGCAGAAUGCACCCCACUGUAUACUGGCCUGAGAUGCUUAAGCUGAAGGACUGGCCACCAUCUAGUUCGUUUGAUCAGAGAUUGCCUCGCCAUGGCGCUGAGUUUAUCAGUGCAUUGCCAUUUCCUGAGUACACUGAUCCUCGAUAUGGUCCACUAAAUCUUGCAGUCAAGCUUCCUGAUGAUGCCCUGAAGCCAGACCUUGGGCCAAAAACUUACAUUGCUUAUGGAUUUCACCAAGAGUUAGGCAGGGGUGAUUCUGUGACCAAGCUUCACUGUGACAUGUCUGAUGCAGUAAAUAUAUUAACACAUACAACACAAGUGACCUAUGAGGGUUAUCAACUUGAGAAGAUAGAGAAACUCAGAAAGAAAAUGAAAGAACAAGAUCUUCAGGAACUUUAUGGUGUUUCAGAAUCUGGCACUGAACGAGACCUAUUAUCAUCUUCUACUGAUUCCAGGAAUUUAACCGUUGAUGAAACAUCAAAGACCUCAUGUAAUGAUGGUACCUAUAAAGAAAUUUCUGAUGGUUUGGACAUCAAUGCUGUACCACCUGUUAAUACUGAAGGCGAUGUUAAGGAUAAUUCUUCAUCUCAUGAAUCUAAGGUACAAAGUGAGGCGGGCCAGUGUUCAGAUUACAUUGACAAGAAUAAUAGUUAUGCUGGGAUGCAUAAUGGGGCUCAUUGUAUCACGGGCAAGAGUGGAGACCAUGAGAGAACUGGUGGUGCUUUGUGGGAUAUCUUCCGAAGAGAAGAUUCUGACAAACUACAAGAUUAUCUUAGGAAACAUGCCACAGAAUUCCGGCACAUCUAUUGCAAUCCUGUGAAACAGGUUAUUCACCCAAUUCAUGAUCAGACUUUCUACUUAACUGAGGAGCAUAAGAGAAAGCUCAAGGAAGAAUAUGGUGUUGAACCCUGGACGUUUGAGCAGAGGCUUGGUGAAGCGGUUUUUAUUCCUGCUGGAUGUCCUCACCAAGUGAGGAAUCUGAAGUCUUGCAUCAAGGUUGCAAUGGACUUUGUUUCCCCAGAAAAUGUCAAUGAGUGCAUAAAACUGACUGGAGAGUUUAGGCGACUUCCACCUGGUCACAGGGCUAAAGAGGAUAAACUGGAGAUUAAGAAGAUUGCUCUUCAUGCUCUGAACCAAGUAAUAAAUUUCUUGGAUCCUUUCUCUGAGGGGUUGAAGAGUGGGGCAGCCCAACCCAAGAAUAAAAAGGAAGCUGAAGCUGAAGAACAGAAGAAGCCUAAAAGGGGUCGCCCAUGUCGCAAGUCCAAUGAUGAAGCUACUGAAGAUAAGCCCAAAAAUAAGGCUGGUCGUCAAAGAGGUGAGAAGAGUGGAGACGGCAAGUCCAAAGAUGGUGUUGUUGAUGAGAUGCCUCCUAAAAGGCAGAGCAAUUGCCUGAAAGGCUCUGGCAAAGUGGCAAGCGUAGGUGAUUGA